UUUUUUUUUUUGGCGCACAGUCUUACCGGAAGGAGCGCAGUGACGUAGUUUGACAGCGUCCGAGUUGCGGAGCAGAAACAGCGUUGAAUUGUGAGUGAAAUCGUACGUCAACUUCAAGAUGCCAAACAAAAGUAAAAAGGAAAAGGAAAUGACUAAGUCUAUAAAGAACAGCGGGAAAAACAGUAACAGCAGCACUGGGAAAGACGUCUUCACAGAGAACUUGGAAGAUGCGAAUCAGCAGAGCGGCAGCAAGCGGCCCAACAGCAGCACUCCUCCACCCACGCAGCUCAAUAAGAUCAAAUACUCCGGAGGUCCUCAGCUGGUGAAGGAGCGCCGCCACAGCUCAUCGCGCUUCAGCUUGACCCGCAACAGAGAGCUGCAGAAACUUCCUGCCCUCAAAGAUGCCCCAUCUCUGGAGAGGGAGGAGCUGUUUGUGCAGAAGCUGCGACAGUGCUGUGUGCUGUUUGAUUUUGUUAGCGACCCGCUCAGCGACCUCAAGUACAAGGAAGUGAAGAGGGCGGGGCUUAAUGAGAUGGUCGAGUACAUCACUCACAACAGUGACGUAGUGACUGAGUCCAUCUACCCUGAGGUGGUGGUCAUGUUUUCAGUGAACCUGUUCCGGACGCUUCCUCCAUCCUCCAACCCAACAGGAGCUGAAUUUGACCCCGAGGAGGAUGAGCCGACCCUGGAAGCUGCCUGGCCUCACCUGCAGCUGGUGUACGAGUUCUUCCUGCAAUUCCUGGAGUCUCCAGACUUCCAGCCUAACAUUGCCAAAAAAUACAUCGACCAAAAGUUUGUUCUGUCGCUGCUCGAGCUGUUUGACAGUGAAGAUCCCAGAGAAAGAGACUUCUUGAAAACAAUAUUGCACCGAAUCUAUGGAAAGUUCCUCGGCCUCCGAGCCUACAUUCGUCGUCAGAUCAACAACAUUUUCUACAGAUUUAUCUAUGAGACAGAACAUCACAAUGGCAUUGCGGAGCUGCUGGAGAUCCUGGGCAGUAUCAUCAAUGGGUUUGCUCUGCCUCUGAAAGAAGAACACAAGAUGUUUCUCAUCCGAGUCCUCCUGCCACUUCAUAAAGUGAAGUCCCUCAGUGUCUACCACCCACAGUUGGCUUACUGUGUGGUUCAGUUUCUGGAGAAGGACAGCAGCCUCACUGAGCCGGUCAUCAUGGGUCUGCUUAAGUUCUGGCCCAAAACCCACAGUCCUAAGGAAGUUAUGUUCCUCAAUGAGCUGGAGGAGAUCUUGGAUGUCAUUGAACCCUCAGAGUUUGUCAAAGUCCAGGAACCGCUUUUUAGACAGCUUGCCAAGUGUGUCUCCAGCCCACACUUCCAGGUAGCAGAGCGAGCGCUGUACUACUGGAACAACGAGUACAUCAUGAGCCUGAUCAGUGACAAUGCGGCUAAGAUCCUCCCCAUCAUGUUUCCUGCCCUCUACAAGAACUCAAAGAGUCACUGGAACAAGACGAUCCACGGUCUGAUCUACAAUGCCCUGAAACUCUUCAUGGAGAUGAACCAGAAGCUGUUUGAUGACUGCACGCAGCAGUACAAAGCUGAAAAACAGAAGGAGAAGUAUAAGUUGAAGGAGAGAGAGGAGGUGUGGUACAAGAUAGAGGAGCUGGCCCGGCAGAAUCCGCAGAGCCAUAAGAUCCAGCCUCUGCGCCCUGGACUCCACUCGCACGACCAGUACACACUGUACAGUGAUGGAACUCUCAGUGUAUUCUCCAUGGAAAUGGACACGCCAACAGCUGAAGACAUCCAGCUUCUGAAGAAAACCGUGGAGAGCCAAAAUUCACAGGGUCUGUCCGAGCUGAAGAAGGACAAGAGUCUGAUGAGGAGGAAGUCUGAACUCCCUCAGGACUUCUACACCAUCAAAGCUCUGGAGGCUCAUAAGAGAGCGGAGGAAUACCUGACAGCCAAUCAGGAGGCGCUCUGACUGGAGAAGGUGUGACUGAGCCUGACUCCGCCCCUUCACAAGCAGUGGUAGUGCAGGGUGAGAAGAAGGCGGAGCUUACAUCCA